UUGAGCUUCCAGGUGAGGAACUUCUCCAGUGGAUAAUUCGGCCAACCAUGCCGCCCUCCCAGCUCAAGCGGCUCAAAGCCUCCCUCCGCGAGCAAGGCAUCACAGGCCCUCAAAAAUCUAAAAAGCAGAAAAAAUCGCAAUCCAAAAACGCCGGCGCCCGCGCUCAAAAAGCCACCGCGCUCGCAUCGAUCCGCGAAUCCUUCAACCCCUUCGAAUUCAAGCACCUGUCGCGACCGAAGAAGCACGAUUACGUCACCGCCCAACCGCAAAAUACGAAGACGAAGGUGCUAGGCCGACCAGGUGUCACGAAGAGCCAUGGCGAGGAGACGAGGAGAAAGACCUUGUUACCGGAGAUGAGUCGGAAGAACAAGGUGGGCGGGAUUGUGGAUAGGCGGAUUGGCGAGGAUGAUCCGACAAUGAGCUUGGAGGACAGGAUGAUGGCGCGGUUUGAGAGGGAGCAGCAGAGGAAGAGGGGUGGGGGUAAUGUGUUUGACCUCGAGGAGGCCGAGGAUGAGGUUGAGCUUACGCAUGGGGGAAAGACCUUACGGUUCGACGAAGGCGAUAUUGGCGAGGGAGACUAUGAUGCUGCUAGUGUCAGUGGGUCCAGCGAUGGAGAAGAGGACGGCUUCUUGAAGCGUAAAAGAAGGAGAGAUGAUGAGGAUGUUGAUGCCGCAGAAGGGGCUGCAGAAGAGCAGCCCGAGAGGAAGAAGAGUAAGGCUGAGGUCAUGAAGGAGGUUAUUGCCAAAUCGAAGCUGCAUAAGUACGAACGACAGCAGCAGAAAGAGGAUGACGACGACCUGAGGAUAGAGUUGGACAAAGACCUCAAUGAGGUGCUGGCUGCCCUGCGUGGACACAUCAACAAACAACCUGCUCCCGAGGUGCCAAAGGAAGCUGCAAAGCCGGAGAAUGCGAUUCAUCCAGAUCGUGCUGCUCUUCUAGCCGGCAAAUCGAGAGAUGAGGUCGACAAGGCAUACGAUGCAAGAGUGCGCCAGCUGCAGCUCGAUGCCCGUGCUAAACCCACAUCACGCACGCGUACAAGCGAAGAAAUAGCCGAAGAAGACGCUGCAAAGCUACGCGAGCUUGAAGCGAAGCGGCUUCGUCGAAUGCGGGGAGAAGAGAGCGAAGAUGAGGUGGAGCCUACCCAUACAGAGAGAGAGGAUGCUGAAGAAUAUGAUGAUGCUGCCGCCUUCAACCUAGCCUCUCGAAUCUCGCAAAGUCGCCCUCAGGGUGUUGAAGAUGAGGACGACUUUCUAUUGGAUGACCUCAUAGCCAGCGAAUCUGAAGCAGACAUCUCUGAGGCUUCUGAAGAUGAGUCCGAUAUCGAGGAUGACACCAUGGCCGUGGACGAUGACCAGGAUGACGAAUUCUUGGAAUAUGUACGCCCGGAAUCCGCAAAGCGAGAAAAGGCGACUAAUGGUGUACCAACGGUUAGAUCUAAGCUGGCCUAUACCUACCCUUGCCCGCGAUCGCAUCGCGAGAUUCUUGACUUGAGAGACAUUGCUGUCACCGAUCUUCCUACUGUGAUCCAGCGCAUCCGUGCACUCUAUCACCCCGGUCUUCAUGCGGACAACAAGAAUAAGCUCGCAGACUUUGCGUGCGCUUUGGUCGACCAUAUAUCCUACCUUACCAACCAGACCCCCCCGGCGCCUCUAUCCGUUGUAGAGUCGAUCGUCCGGCAUGUGCAUUCUCUAUCAAAAAGCUAUCCUUCACAGGUUUCCACGCGCUUCCGGGAACACCUCAAAGGUAUAAAAGACAACCUUACUCCAGGCCAGCUAACCAUCCUGGUUGCUAUUGGCUCAAUAUAUCCUACCUCUGACCAUUUCCACCAAGUCGUCACGCCUGCGAUUACCAGUAUGGCGCGCUGGAUGGGCAUGGCUUUCCCUCGAUCCGUUCAUGACGUCUUGGUGGCAGCCUUGGUCGGUGCUACCUGCCUGCACUAUCAAAGGAUAUCCAAGAGAUACAUCCCCGAGCUCAUCAGGUGUAUCCGGCUCUCACUUCAAUGCCCGCAAAUCACCAAAAAACUCGUCGCAGCGCACGCGCAAAACGCCCUAAAGGCCGCAGAUCUCUGGUCAAAAUCCCCAGCCUUCAUCGAGAUCUUCACCCCCCUCUUAGAUCCCCUCGCUCAAGCGACCCAAACGAACGCAGUCCAACGCCUCAAAAUCCUCAUCCAACAAGCCCGCCUCAACCGUCGGCCCCAAGAACUACACCACCACCGCCCGCUUCCAAUUAAAACCUCCAUUCCCAAAUUCGAAGAAGAAUUCGAUCCCAACGAGCACUACGAUCCAGACAAGGAGCGCGCGGAAGCAGCCAGACUUCGCAAAGAGUACAAGAGGGAGAAGAAGGGUGCACUUAGGGAGCUGCGCAAGGAUGCAAAUUUCAUUGCGAGAGAGCAGCUGCGCGAGAAGAAGGAGAAGGAUCGCGCGUACGAGGAGAAGUAUAGGAAGCUUGUGGCGGAGAUUCAGGGUGAGGAGGGCAGGGAGGCGAAAGAGUAUGAGAGGGAGAAGAGGGCGAGGAAGCGGAAUCGGUGAGGGAUGGACUGAACGUGUGGGCUACAUCUAGCUAGGCUGCAUAUAUCAGACUAGCUAUGAAUUCAG